UUUGUUUUUUUAAAGAAAACUAGAAGAAAGAUGUUUCGUAGCAACUCUGCUGGUCCAGAGAUUACCCACACUGGUACACCAAUCGACGGUGACCCGGAUUCGCUGAGCGAGCUGAGAUCUCCAUCGUCCAGCAACUCGUUCGGGUCAUUGCCUCGCACGCGCUCAGCCGGUCACUCGUUUUCCUCGCUGCCCAACGGCUUGAGGAGGAUUACGAAGAAGAGAAAGACGGCAUGGUACCUGCAGAGCGCGUCGGUGGGGUUGGUUUUGCUGUUUGCGGCGUUUGUUCUUGUGAAUUGGUGGAUGCUUUCUCGGAUCCAGGAGUCGGCCCAGACCCGUGGGAUCAAGUUCAAGUUCCUUAAAGCUAAUUCAUCUACUUUUUCUAUUCGGGAAGAGCUUAUAAAGCUUGGUAAAGGAAAAAGGCCGCAGAAAACAAUCUAUGCACGGCUUUUGGCUAAGGCUGCCCACGCUUUAGCUGAGCUAAAUAAUCAACCCGAGCUUAAAGACCUAUGGGUAGAACCCUAUGCUAUUGCUUCGACAUGGAAACCUUGUGCGGAGCAGCGUGACUGGGAACCUAGUGACGGAAAUGCUGGCUACAUUAUGGUUACUGCUAAUGGUGGGAUAAACCAGCAGAGAGUAGCUAUCUGCAAUGCUGUAGCUGUUGCGAGGUUACUUAACGCAACACUCGUUCUUCCCAAAUUUUUGUACAGUAGUGUCUGGAGAGAUGCCAGCCAGUUUGGCGAUAUCUAUCAGGAGGAGCACUUUAUCAACUACUUGAAACCUGAUGUUCGAAUAGUAAAGGAACUCCCGGAGGAGUUACAGUCGUUGGAUCUGGAGGCAAUUGGCAGUCUGGUGUCGGAUGUAGAUAUUGCAAAAGAGGCAAAGCCAAGUUUCUAUUUGAAGUAUAUUCGACCCAUCCUAAAUCAAAAUAGAGUUAUCCAUUUUGUUGGAUUUGGGAAUCGCCUGGCAUCUGAUCCAUUGCCAUUUCAGAUACAGAGACUUCGGUGCAGAUGUAAUUUUCAUGCGUUGAGAUUUGUUCCCAAAAUACAAGAAACCGGUGCUUUACUUAUUCAAAGGAUGCGGCAAAACGUAACACGCUUGGGGCUGUUGGAUCCUCACCUUGUUGGUCCGUACGCGAAAUCAACAACGAGGGGUCAAAGGAAUCGUGCCUCAAAAACUCCAAGAUAUUUGGCAUUACACUUGAGGUUUGAAAUUGACAUGGUCGCCCAUUCUUUGUGUGAAUAUGGCGGGGGUGAAGAAGAAAGACGCGAAUUGGAAGCAUAUCGUCGAAUCCAUUUCCCUGCAUUGGUGGAGGAGAAGAAGUCGAAGAAGUUCCCUUCUCCGGCAGCUCUUAGGUCUGAAGGUUUGUGUCCAUUAAUGCCCGAAGAAACAGUACUCAUGCUUGCUGCCCUCGGUUACAAUCGCCACACACACAUAUACCUGGCUGGGGCACAGAUCUAUGGAGGGAAGUCGAGGCUAACCGCCUUAACUACCUUGUACCCCUACUUGGUGACAAAAGAAACCUUGCUUUCCCCAACUGAAAUCGAGCCAUUUGCAAAUUUCUCUUCCCAGCUAGCAGCCUUGGACUUCAUUGUCUGCACUGCUGCCGACGUCUUUGCUAUGACCGACUCGGGAAGUCAAUUCUCGUCGUUGAUAUCAGGAUACCGAGUAUACUAUGGAAGAGGGAAAAUGCCCACCAUACGACCAAACAAGCGCAGGCUCGCUGACAUCUUCGUUAAGAACAACACCAUCGAAUGGAAGGUGUUCGAGAAGAGAGUGAGAAAGGCGGUGAGGCAAAACAAGCGUGUGUUUUCGCGGCCAGUUGGUAGGAGUGUAUAUAGAUAUCCAAGAUGUCAUGAGUGCAUGUGCAAUAACACAGAAGUACCUCCUCCUAAUUAGAUGGACAGUUCCAAAGUGAUAUAUGUUAUGAUUUUUUUGUACAUUGCAAUAUACAAAAAUUUGUUUUAGCUUAGUUCUUUUCAGGAAUGUUGCAAAAGCUUGUGCUUGCACUUCUGUUUUUGAGGAUAUUCCUGUUUUUCGAAUUGUACAUCUGACAGUUCAGUUUGGACCUUUGUGUUUCACUGGAAUACAACUUUUGAAUGUCAUAGGUUUUGGUCU